CUGCAGACAGAUAAUUAAUCAAUGGCAACACUGGCCCCAGCCUUGUAAUAUGGCCGCUACAGGCAAGAAGACCAAAAAGCCAAAAUGGGUCAAAGCCAACAUCACAGACAUUAUUGCCGAGCCCACUACAAUUGCCACAGCAAACAGCUGGGCCGAUCCAGAAAAUGAAGAACCAAGCUAUGGCCACUCGGGGUCCCGUGCGCGCACACAGGUGGUGCUCCCGUCCGCGUCUCGCGCAGCCCGCGGCGGGCUCGCGGUCGACGACGAGAGCAUCCCACAGCGGCCCCCGUACAUCGCUCAUAUAUCUAACUUGCCAUAUGAUGUUGAUGAUAGCGCCAUUUCUGACCUGUUUGAAGGACUUAAGAUAUCCAACCUGAGACUGCCAAGAGAGGGGGACCGAUUAAAAGGUUAUGGUUACAUAGAUUUUGAAGACAGGGAGAGCCUUGUCAAUGCCAUGAACAUAUCUGAUCUUACAAUAGGAGGCAGAAGGAUAAGAAUAGAAGUUUACACAAAGGAGAAUGAUCGCCGCGGCAUGGGCAGGAGCGGCCGCUCCGAUCGCGACAGAGAAUACGAUCCAGAGCGCACGAUGGGCGACUGGCGUUCAGGUCCCCGCGCGGUGCCGGAGCCGUCACGGGCGCGACCAGCUGACCGUGACAACCGCGACAUGGGCCGCGACCGUGACAUGGGUCGCGACCGCGAUAUGGGCCGCGACCGUGACCGUGAGCGGGACUCGAGCGCGGACAACAAGCCGGGCGCGUGGCGUGACGCCGAGCGGCCCGCUGAGCCACCGCGCACGCCGUACGGAGGACGGGACUCGUACGGCAGAGAUCGGUAUGCGGAUAGAGAGCAGCGAGGUUACGGUCGCGACGGUGAAAGGAGCGGGUACGGCGGCCGAGACGGGUUCCGGACCGCUGACAGAGAGGGCGGCGGCUUUAGCCGUGACAGCAGAGGGUUCGGCAGUAGAGGAUUUGGAGAUCGGGAUCGAGAGAGGGAUCCGCCUAGAGAAGCGGAGAAGCCCCGCGAGCGGCCGAAGCUGAACCUGCUGCCUCGCACGGUGCCGCGCGAGGCCGAGCCGGCGGCCGACGAGCGCGCGCCCAAAGCGGCGCCCGCGGUCUUCGGCGGCGCCAAGCCCGUCGACACCGCUGCCAAGGAGCGUGAGAUAGAAGAACGCCUAAGGAAACAGGAAGAAGAAUCACGUCGGGCCGCUGACGAAAAGUCGCGCUGGGGACGAAAGAAUGAUCACUCUGGAGACCGUCGCGCUGCACCUAGACGUGACGAGCGUCCGCGCGACACGCGCAGCUACAACCGCGAGCGCCGCGACUACUCGAAGGACGACAAGGACGCGCCGCGCGACUACUCGCGCGAGUCUCGCGACAACAGGCGCGACUACUCGCGUGACGCGGAGCACAGAGACGGGCGCGCGCACAGCGGCGAGCGCGCGCCCAGCCGCGACCGCACGCCCGAGCGGCCGCCGCGCGACUGCGAGCGCCGCGACAGCGGGCCCGAGAGCGGUGGAGAAGGGGAGCGGGGGGAGGGGGGCGAGCGCAACGGCCGCCCGUCCCGCUCGCGCGACCGCCGCGACAGCCUGGAGGACAAGCCGCUGCCCAAGCUGAAGGAGCAGGAGAAACCGAACUUCAUAGCAUCAAACAAAUUUAGCUUCUUAGAAGACGCGGACGACGGCGGCUCAGAUUAAGUUCGUCUGUCUGUGUGUCUCAUGUGACUCAGUGCUCAGUGUAAAUUCACGAGUGACACCGGCUGCGGCGCUAUACAAGUGCUAGCGGCCGGUUUACGUGUAUAUUAGGGUUUGCUACAUGCACAUUAUGCCUCGAGGUCAGCCCCAGCCUUCAUUGUAUGCGCAAACUGUGUUUAUAUCCCCCAAAAUCAUUGGGACGCUCAAUCUAUGGAAUUUUUGUCAUUAAUUUACAUAGAAAUUCAUAUUGUCUUUAUUAUGUGUUGUACAAAUUGUAUAACAGCAAGCAAUCAGCCAUGAAAUAUGUGAAGACAGUUUGUGGAGGGGUACAGUGGAGGCUGGGGCGAUGACCGCGAAAUUAUUGAUGUAAAUUUUCUAUGGGUUUGUUACAUUUAUAAUGCGGUGUAAACAGUUACCUAGUUUAACUGUGUGGAGCGAAAAUGCUGAUUCCUAAAUGAUGAACUGAUUGUCUUCACGGGUGCUCCCUCUCCUCUGUGUAUAAUGUAAACUGAUAUUAUCCAAGAACAUUGUUCAAGUGUUACUCCUUUGUCAUUUUGCUGCAAUGUUGCAACGCUACCAAUAGGGAAUCUUAUUUUUUCUUUAUUUUAGAUUUGUCUAUACUAUAUUUAGUCGAUUUAGAUUAUUAUUAGAAUGUUAAUUGUAUUAUUUAUCUUUACAUUCGAAAUUUGUUGAAAUCAAAUGCUGUUUUGGCUCAAUAUCGGUUGCCAUACUGACGGACGCCCUCUGCGCGCAUUCGCUUUCAUCAACAAAUCGAACCACCAUAUUAUUAUGUUAAGGCUGGUCACAAGAAUUUUCGUAUUGAUCCUAUGAUGGUGUCCGAAGAAAUGUUAUUAUUUGUAAUAUUAACAGAAUUUGGUACAUAAUGUCUAUUUGUGAAUUAUAAAUAAAUUACUCUUUUUACAGCA